CUGCACUGUGUCCGCAGUCUCUGGUCAUCUCCUGCACUAUGUCCGCAGUCUCUGGUCAUCCCCUGUACUUUGUCUGCAGUCUCUGGUCAUCUCCUGUACUAUGUCUGCAGUCUCUGGUCAUCUCCUGUACUGUGUCCGCAGUCUCUGGUCAUCUCCUGUACUAUGUCCGCAGUCUCUGGUCAUCUCCUGUACUGUGUCUGCAGUCUCUGGUCAUCUCCUGCACUGUGCGUCUUAUGGAGCGAAAAAUACGGUAUUUACUUUGUAAGUAC